AUGUCGCUCUCCUGCUACGUCAUGAGCAUCAGCUCCCGAUUCCUCCCCGCUUUACCGUUUCUACUCGUCCUCUGGGUGAUGGGGAGCGAUGCCAGUCCCUUAUUCGGAUUUCUGGACGCUUUCGAUACAACGAGUGCACUGAAUGGGACGUCCAUCUUAGGGGCCUUGGCUCUGGCGCAUAUUGAGCAUUCGAUUGCUAAAGUGAAUGCGUUGGCGCAGUUGGCUGGACUCUUCGCAAACUUCACGGAGACAGCCAUAGUCGGCGGU